GAGAGACAAGACGAGAGCAUCUGUCUUGCAAAUGUUUUGGAUGUGCCUUUCUCUGUUUGUGGCAGUUCCGCCUUUAAAAUGGAAAAACUGAAAUGAGGACAUUCCAGUUUUGGUCAUUGGUACCUGGAGAAAGUAAGGGACCGGCUCACCUGUGGUUGUGCAAGAGAGGGGAAGAGGAGGGAGAGAGAGAAACAGACCGAAAGAAGAAGACCAGGGUAAGAGUGAGAGUGAGUGAGAGCAAAAGAAAAACCCUACAGGUAAACCACCUUUCAAAAACAAAGCGGCAGAUAAGAGUUUGUGGGUGUGGGCCAAAGACAGAAGGGAGGAGAAGGGAAAGAAAGAGGUGGAGGAAGAUAACAUGGAUUAGUUUUGACGGAAGAGUGCAGAAAAGAGGAGUAGAGAAGACGAAAAAGGAUAACAAAACCGGAAUAAGAAAAAGCAACAAGGGGGGGGCACAAGGUGAUGAUAGUACAAGUGAAAAGGUCGAGAAGGACACCGGCUCACUUUUGAGCAGAACUGGUCGCUAUCUUGUCUGGUUUAUUGGUGGCAGUACUGGAGUCAGAAGGGAAACGGGAGAGCAGGCGUAUGUGUGGACAGCAGGCUCGCAGCUCAGGGAUUUCGUGAAGGUUCUGCCGUCUUUUAACCCUGCUCCCGUAGUGCGAUAAAUCAGGUGGCUACUCGCUCGUUUUACCUCUACGGUAGCCACCCGGUCCCUGGACACUUUGAGACAGCACUGAAUGUGAAAGUAGGAGUGAAGUGCCCGUGCAUGCCAUGCUGAUGGACCAGGACACUCAAUGGUUGUACCAGGUCCUACUGGAGAUCCAGCUGGAGAGGUUCUACCUGCUGAUCCGGGACAACCUCAACGUGACGCGCAUCGAGCACUUCACCUACGUUAAAGACGCUGACCUCGAGCAGAUAGGUAUCGGAAAACCUGGUCAGAGACGGCUGUGGGACGCAGUUAGGAAGUAUAAGAUAGCCCUUCGCAAUCGCUCACGGAUACCCAAGGUGUUCAGUGGGCGGAGCCAGGAGCACUAUGACCAAUCAGGAGGCAGUGCGGGACAACCAGAGGUCGGGCGGUCCCUGGCCUGCCUGAUCACGGACCGUGAUCUGACGUUGUGCGAGAAGUUGGGCAGUGGCUCAUUUGGGGUAGUGAAGAGGGGCGAGUGGAGAACGCCCACUGGCAGAGUGAUCAAUGUUGCAGUGAAGUCCCUUCGGACAGACAUGUCCAGAGAGACAGACACUCUGACAGACUUCUUGCAGGAAGUAACCAUCAUGCAGACCCUGGACCACCCCAACAUAAUUAGACUGUAUGGAGUGGUGCUCACACAGCCUUUGAAGAUGGUGACAGAGUUGGCCCCCCUGGGUGCUCUGUACGACACGCUAAGAGCGCGGUGUGGAGAGUUUCCCCUGGCACGGCUGUGGCUCUUUGCCACCCAGCUGGCAGCAGGCAUGGCAUACCUGGAGUCCCGGCGCUUCCUGCACAGAGACCUGGCAGCCCGGAACGUGCUGCUGGCCUCGCGGGAGCUGGUCAAGAUAGGGGACUUCGGGCUGAUGAAGGGACUGAGCACCGAAAGAGACCACUACGUCAUGAACACCCAUCGCAGGAUACCCUUCGCAUGGUGUGCGCCGGAGAGUCUGAAGACGGGAACGUUCUCUCACUCCUCGGAUGUGUGGAUGUACGGAGUGACUCUAUGGGAGAUGUUUACUUACUGCCAGGAGCCAUGGCUGGGUCUAUCAGGGCGACAGAUCCUUUGGAAGGUGGAGAGGGAAGGAGAGCGCCUGCCUCGGGCCCCGGACUGUCCUCAGGAGAUGUACGCGGUGAUGAGGAAGUGCUGGGCCUCCAACCCCAGUGAGCGGCCCUCCUUCUCGGCCCUCAGCUCGUUAGUGGCCGAGGCUCAGCCCAUGGAGGUUUGCGCUCUCAGGGACUUCAACGAACCCAGGAAGCUGCGCCUGCAAGCCAACGACGUCAUCACUGUGGUCGACCACGGACUGGAGAUGCUCGAGUGGCGUGGCCAGAAUCAGAGCACCCUGGCUGUGGGAUGGUUCCCCCCUUCCCUGGUGGCACCCACUGCGCCCACUCCCAGUUCCCUGCUCAUCAGCGCCCCCCUGAGGAAUACCCUGGUCCAUACUGGCCAUGGAGACGUGCGCCUAGAGCGCAGCUGGGGCUUCCCCAACCGCCCGGAUGAGAAUUACUCAAGGCACUCUGGGAACAAGAAGGACAGGGAGAGGGGGCCCUCCAACCUGGGGAGAAUGGCAGGCCUGUCCAGGAGCCUGGAGUCAGUGCUGGACGGGCCCAGGGGAGGUGGCCCACAUGCCCAGGAUGUGCACCCUGAUCCCAAAAGGCAUCCAGACCCCAAGGGUCCUAGUGUCCCUCCACCAGACACGCGGCGUCUUAGUGAUGCCCCACCACCCCGCCCGGCAUUGCCCAACAUCAAGCACUUCAAGAUUCCCCCACAGAGCCGUGAUCGCCGAAUGGCACUAAACCAGAUUCCUGGCUUUUGGGUCCCACAGCAGACCCAGGCCAGACUGGAGAACGCCAGCCAGCAGGAGAGCUCGGCUUGCAAUCUGACCAAAAUGGCACACCUCGCCCGGUCCACGCCACAGCUGGACAACCACAGUGAGGUGCACCCCCCGCUGGCAAAUGAGAGGAGCUCCAUUAUUGCUCAGGUGCAGGAUGCGGUGCAUGGAGUGACGAUUGAGGAGUGUCAAGAUGCCCUUCGGCGCCACGACUGGAACCCUGUCAAAGCAGAACAAUACCUCAAGACAGAGCAGCUGUAUUUCAUGUGCCAUCACUCCAGAGAGAACUGUCGGAGGAUCCUGGCCAGGUUCCAGUGGAACUUGCAGGCAGCCAGCCGAUACAUGUUGCAGGACAGACAGGCCCUAUGACCAAGAGAGUAAGACGGGGGGGAAGUGGUCUCUGAUCUUACAGUAGAAGUGCUGAUCUCUACGGCCAUCUCCAUCCUCCAGCCUCCUUGGACUUUGUUUCUCUCAAUCUUGGCCCGUGCCAGUGUCUUCAAGGCUGCUCUCAACCAAUUGUCGAAACUUUGAUCUCCGAGCUAAUAUUUUGACUGUGCAUCCUUUUCAUGGCGAAAAUCUGUGAUCUUCUCCUACCUAGUGUGGCCUGGUGUUGUUAAUACCUGAACUGCAGUGUUGCUUGUUUAAAGCAGGCCUGGGCAUAACCUCCCAGAGUUGCAGACUUGUCCAUCAGCAGGAUCGCGUCUGUGAUAAAUAAAGCUCUGUGCAAUAAUGACCUCGGCAGAUGGAGUGAAACAAUGCACCCAACAAAGGGGCAGUCUCUGCAGCAAAAGGCAAUGCUGUCAGGCACUUUAGCGCCACCAAUCCCUGGACUUUCUGAUAACCUUGCUAACAUUGUCUACUGGAACAGAAACUGCUGGACCAUUACUUCUCAGCAUGACGCCAAGUGAAGGUUAUACUACUAAGCAGAUGGGAUAGGAUGGGGCUAUAUCUGAAAUAUCUCUCAACCUUGAGGACUGCAUCACGCAAUGCCCUGUUCAAGCAGUUAGUCAUCUUUUAUUUACCAAAGACAUGACAGCUGGGAGACAGAUUCCAUUUUUGCCACAUGCAAAAGCCCACAUACAUUAGCUGGGGCAUCCUAACGUCCCCCGUCAGUCGUGGCCGGUCAGUAUGGCGCGAUCCUACGGCAGCUGCCAAGGUGAACUGUUGGAUCGUGUGGUCGUCAAACGCUAGAAUGUGCAGCAGGGAGAGAAAAACUAAGGUGGGUAAAAAAGUGACACUCUUGCUGUGUACAAGACAUUACCCUGGUCCUGAUAUGUAGGAUUCAUGUAAUCAUCAUCAGCACAUUUUCAUCACAGGGCCUGUGGAAGGAAUGGUAAUAUAUCAUUGGGGUUUUCUGUUGAGUAAUCCAUUGUGUAUUUUUUUAGUAAUAUAUUGCACAUUUUACUGUGAUGCCACAGUGCAGUCCAGUUUUAACCUCAAUUAUUCUGGGACUAGAAUACCAGGAAACCUUGUAGGACAGACUUAACUUUAUCUGCGUCUAAAGGCUCUUGUUACUCAAGGCAGUCUACUGGUAGCUUGUGUACCUUAUCACCGUGUCCUGCUAAGUUGCCUCUUGUAACCCUGCCAGCAAUCCUAUUCCUAUUAGUCAUGCACCUAACAAUCAAUAAUUAGCCAUCAUUUACCUGUUAAUAAUCAUGAGUCUCUGUUCAGAAGUGAAAAAGGGUAGAAAAAGACAAAUGCUGUUGCUCAGGCACAAAGCUUUUUUGUUUUCUUGUGACAUUCUCAAAAUGCAGUGGGUUUGCUGCAUUUAAAGGAGAAGUGGUGUAAUGGGUAAAAUCCCCAUGAUGACAUCAGAUUUACAGGCAAAGCAUUGCAGUUAUAAGAGUUGCCAUGUAGCAAGGGCCAAUCUGAGACACCUCUGCUCCUCCUGGGUUUCUAAGUGUUUGUCCCACUCCAGGGACUGAGCAGCAACUCAAUGCGAUUCCGGGGCUCUAAGACCUGAAGUGGGUGCAGGAGUAUGGCAUGUUCUGCAUUACUAUUACUUUUUAAAUUAUAAUGUUAAUAACAGAUGUAAAUAAUAGAUGUUUCCACUUUGAACUGUGUUUUAAGAUAUUCAAUUUGAGAAACCAGGUAUACAGUAUAUCUGAUCGGACUCAUAAGAUCUGUUCCUAAAAUUAAAAUUAUUUUCU